AUGUCGCAGACCACUGUGGAUACUCUUGUCAUCGGUGCCGGUCCUACCGGCCUCGGCGCCGCCAAGCGUCUCAAUCAGCUGAACCAAGGCACCUGGCUCCUCGUCGAUGCUGGCAAGGAGGCCGGCGGUCUCGCCUCGACCGAUGUCACCGAGGAGGGUUUCCUCUUUGAUGUCGGCGGCCACGUCAUCUUCUCGCACUACCAGUACUUCGACGAUGCGAUGGCCGAGGCGCUGCCGAAGGCUGGUGACUGGUACGAGCACCAGCGCGUCUCCUACGUUCGCAGCAAGCAGACCUGGGUGCCGUACCCUUACCAGAACAACAUCUCUGUGCUGCCGGUCGAGGACCAGGUCAAGUGCAUCGAGGGCAUGAUUGACGCUGCCGAGGAGCGGGUGCGGGCCAAGGAUGCCCCCAAGACUUUCGACGAGUGGAUCCUCCGCCAGAUGGGUGAGGGCCUCGCCGACCUCUUCAUGAGGCCUUACAACUACAAGGUCUGGGCCGUCCCCACGACCAUGAUGCAGUGCAAGUGGCUUGGCGAGCGAGUGGCCGCACCGAGCCUCAAGCUCGUCGUUUCCAACACCCUCAACAAGAAGGUCGCCGGAGGUUGGGGACCCAACGCCACCUUCAAGUUCCCUGCCCAUGGCGGCACCGGCGGCAUCUGGAAGGCCGUCGCCGCCACGCUGCCGCAGGAGAAGCUGCAGUUCAACAAGUACAUUGAAAAGGUCGACGCCGAGGCCCACACCGUCAGCCUCAGCGACGGCUCGACGAUCAAGUACAAGCACCUGGUCUCGACCAUGGGCCUCGACUACAUGAUUGACAACAUCAAGCUGCCGGCCAGCGUCAACCACGGCCAGCUCAAGACGGCGGUCAAGGACGGCCUCAUCUUCUCGUCCACCCACGUCAUCGGCAUCGGCAUCCGCGGCGUCCUGCCCCCCCGCAUCGGCGACAAGUGCUGGCUCUACUUCCCCGAGGACGACUCGCCCUUUUACCGCGCGACCGUCUUUUCGAACUACUCGCCCAACAACUGCCCGCAGGCCGACAAGAAGCUGGCGACGCUCCAGUACGCCGACCCGUCCAAGGGCAAGCCGUCGUCCGAGGCCAAGGAGGGCCCCUACUGGUCGCUGAUGAUGGAGGUCUCCGAGUCGCACCUCAAGCCCGUCGACGCGCAGACGAUUCUGGCCGAGACGAUCCAGGGCUGCAUCAACACUGAGCUCAUCAAGCCCGACGACGAGAUUGUCUCGACCUACCACCGCAAGUUCACGCCCGGCUACCCCACCCCGUCGCUCGGCCGCGACGCUGCGCUCGCCACCCUUCUGCCGGCCCUGGAGAAGUUUGACAUCUACAGCCGCGGCCGCUUCGGCUCGUGGAAGUACGAGGUUGGCAACCAGGACCAUUCGUACAUGCUUGGAGUCGAGGCCGUCAACCGCGCCCUGUUCGGCACUCCGGAGACGACGCUGCUCAACCCGGACUGGGUCAACGGACGCCGCAACCACGAGAUGCGCCUGACCCCGGCCAACUGA